AUGCAGCCACCGCACGUGCAGACAGCGGAGGCGGCACUGCAGGAAAGCCAGUCCACUACCUUUUCGAUUGGAGACGUAAAUGAUCAUACUCUGCGUGUGCCAUAUGGCUCUUUACGUAGUCCAUCAAGAAGCCUUCGUGUAAACAAGUGGGACGCGCUGAUCCUCGACUCGGAAAUCCUGGGACUACUCAAGACACCUAUGAAGAGCAUGUUCAGCAUGUUUGAGCCGGGAGCUGUGGAAAGAUUUAAGCCAGAGAUCGAUGCGGCACUUGGGACUCUGCUAUUUGCAUUCAGUGUGGGCCGAGGGAGGCCAACGCCUGGCAUGAAACUAGAGAACGUCCAAUACGCGCCACAUGUGCUGACCAAACGACGUAUAGGUGCCUUAUUCCUGCUGUCUGUAGGGGUGCCAUUCAUCUGGAAGCGUUUGUUUCGCUACUGGUCAUCUGGUCAAUGGACUGUUAGAGAAGCUUUCUCCGGUGGCGAUACGUCUGACAACGACGAAACGGCUCGAGCACGAAUGCUGCUAGUGAUGAAGAGGCUGGAGACUCUUGUUGUCACAUGCCAGUUCGUGAACUUGCUCGUCUUCUUGCGCAAGGGGUCGUACCGCUCGCUACCCGAGAGGUGUUUGGGGAUGAAGCUGGAGAGCAUCACCACGUCGACAGCCACGCGGUCGAUAAAUUUUGAAUACAUGACUCGUCAACUGUUAUGGGACGGAUUGCUGGAGUUCGGCAAUUUCAUCCUGCCUUUUAUGACGUGGAGAAGCCGUCGCACGAGUACAGCACUGCGGGGAAACUUUCCUACUGCAGGCACUCGCUCGUCGCAGUGCUGCCUGUGUGGCAUUUCUCCGCCACAGACACCUUACAUCACGUCGUGCAAGCACGUGUACUGUUAUUACUGUCUGCAGACUGCUGUCGCCAUGGAAGACGAUUACCCAUGUGUAGCUUGCGGGAUCAAGUUCGAUUCGUCCCAGCGACUACGGACGUAA